GUGUGCUCGGCCUGCUGUAAUCAUUAUCGAACAGUUCGGUGUGUGCUUGGUUGUGCGUUCUGCGCAAUUUUGAACGAAAGGUUUCUCUGCACAGCUGUCUGGUUAAAACCUGCCGCGUUUUAUCAGAUGCUUCGCGAUCGGUGUAGUGCGUGAUCCUGUGCAUCGUGUAUAAGAAGGCUGUCAACUCGCUGAGAGCAACGUUCUCUGCUCGGCAAUGGCAUCUGGGUCUCGCGGUCCCAACUCCCGGGUGUUCUGCCCGGACCACCCGGAUGCCGCUUUGGUGGAGGACUACAGGGCGGGCGACAUGAUCUGCCCGCAGUGCGGACUCGUAGUCGGCGACAGGAUAGUGGAUGUGGGCACGGAGUGGAGGGUGUUCUCCAAUGAAAAGAGCAACAGCGACCCAGCCCGAGUCGGAGCGUCCGAAAAUCCCCUCUUGAACGGCAGCGACCUGGCCACGAUGAUCGGCAAAGGUACGGGUGACGCCAGCUUCGACGAGUCCGGCACGGCCAAGUACCAGAACCGCAAAACCAUGAGCAGCGCGGACCGAGCGCUCAUGAACGCGUUCCGAGAAAUCAGCAAUAUGGCAGACAGGAUCAACCUGACCAAGACCAUAGUGGACCGAGCGAACCUUCUCUUCAAGCAGGUUCACGAUGGCAAGACGCUCAAAGGGCGCAGCAACGACGCGAUCGCGUCAGCGUGCCUGUACAUAGCUUGCCGCCAGGAAGGCGUGCCGCGUACCUUCAAGGAGAUAUGCGCCGUUUCGAAAGUCUCCAAAAAGGAAAUUGGCCGUUGCUUCAAGCUCAUUCUCAAGGCCCUGGAGACGAGCGUGGACCUCAUCACGACGGGAGACUUCAUGUCCCGAUUCUGUUCCAACUUGGGCCUGCCUUCGUCCGUUCAAAAGGCCGCCACGCACAUCGCUCGCAAAGCCGUUGAGCUGGACAUCGUUCCCGGCAGGAGUCCCAUUUCGGUGGCAGCGGCUGCCAUCUACAUGGCCUCGCAGGCCUCCGAAGACAAGAAGUCUCAAAAGGAAAUCGGCGACAUCGCGGGUGUGGCUGACGUGACCAUACGACAGUCGUACAAGCUCAUGUACCCCCGCGCGGCCGAGCUGUUCCCCAAGGACUUCAAGUUCUUCACACCCAUUGAGCAGUUGCCUCAGUCAUGAGACA